AUGUUAAAGUACGAUAAGAACUCUAACAAGCUUUCAUUUACGGAUGAGGUGGCCGAAACGGCUUCUAAGGAUCUGAAGGUGAACCUUAAGCAGGUUAAUAGAUUAACUGAAUCUUUGAUUGCGGAAUCCAAUCCAAACUUCACGCCACAGCCCUCCCCAGAGGCUGCAAACAUGGUGAAGAAGCUAUACGAGGCAAGUUUGCAGCAGGCGCAGAAACAAAAAUUGCAGGAGGCUCUGCGGAAUAUCAACUUAUCACUAGAAAUGAGAAGCAAAGCGCACCACCCAUGGGAGGCGUUUGCUUUCCAAUUGCAGGAACUACAGAUGAUCUUACGUAGUAUCACAGAUUUUGAGAUAUCUGCAGAGCGCUAUAUUGACGCUCUCCAGCAUUUGGAGAUGCUUCUAAGCUGUGGUCUGGUUAUCCCAGAUCUGUUCAUCAGAAUGACAGAAGUUCUGUUGAAAUUACGUCGUUACGAAGAAGCCAAAGCUGCUUGUGAGCGGGGUCUAGCUCUUGAUAGCUCUAAUUUACGCCUCAAGGCCCUAUUGUUAGAAAGUAACCGCAUGCUCGCGGAUUAUAAUGGCGAAAUUUAG